UAUUAAGUUUUAGUUAAUUAUUAGAACUUUGGUACGUCGUUGGUGUCGAUAGAGUGAGUGAAAAUGUUAAACGAUCCGCUUUACAUAAAAAGUGAUGAACAGUCCCUUAUCCCUGCACAUUGUCAUUUUGGAAAACAUAUGCUAGAUAACCUCCGAAAACACAGCGGCAGUGAUAAAAUAGCUUUGAUAGAGACGGAAACCGGCCAAAAGUUAACUUACAAAGAACUGACGCAGUAUGCAGUAGACCUGUCUUACGCUCUGUACGACCAGGGUGUCAGGAAAGGGGACGUGGUGGCCCUUGGGUCAGAGAGACGGAAUGAGUUCCUGCCGACACUGCUGGCUGUCAUCAUGGCUGGAGCCACCUUCACAUCCGUCGAUUAUGACGGAGGUUUAGAUAUUAUACUACCCAGGCUAAAUCAAAUCAAACCAAAGUAUUUCAUAUUCAGUGAAUUAUUCUGGAACAAGUAUGGCGAUGCAAUUAAAUCAUUGAAUUCUGUUGAGACUUGGAUAACAUUGGAUGAUGGCCCGGACUCGGCCAUUCCUGUAGCUCGCUUGAUGGCCACUACUGUAGACUUUCAGUUAUUUGAACCAGCUCCAGUGAAUGGCCAGAGUGAUGUGGCCAUAUCCUUCUACAGUUCUGGAACCACUGGCACGAGCAAAAUUAUUUCACAUACCCAUGUCACAUUGCUGCAACAUGUACAAAAGGAUGGUUUGAUGGAAGAUAAUUUCAAGGUGAUAUACUGUGACUCCGAGUGGUACCACUCGUAUGACAGUAUCUUCGCCCUGGCGGUUCUGAGGCGCGGGCGGACUCUGGUGCACCACCCGUAUGUAACGCCAGAUACCCUCAAAUACCACAUUCAACAUUAUAAGGUAAACCUGAUGGUGACGGUACCAGCCGUAUUGAAUGUUCUGUCGCAAGUGGACGAGGACGACGCGUUUGAGUCACUACAAGCUGUUUUGUGUGCUGGCAGUAGCUUGAAUGGAAACUUAUUAGAGCUUUUAAUGAAAAGAAAUCCAAAGGUGCAGUUCUUACAAGGUUACGGUAUGUCGGAAGCGGAUUUUAUAACAUGUGAAACACGGAAACCAGGGGCUUCCAAACGGGGAAGCAUUGGCAAGCCAGUGCCUAAUGUUACAUUAAAGAUAGUAGACCCUGAAAGUCGCCGCUUGCUCGGCCCCAACCAGCCUGGUGAGAUGUGGCUCCGGAGCCCGGGGCUAAUGAAGGGAUACUUGAACGUCUCCGAUCCUAUACUCGACGCGGAGGGGUUCUUCAAUACUGGCGAUAUCGGAUACUACGAUGAUGACCACUUCUUCUUCUACAAGAGUAGAGCUAAAGAUAGCCUCAAUUAUGACAGUUUUGAGGUAGCAGUAGUAGACAUAGAGGAGGUGCUACUCCGACACGCGAGGGUGCGCGAGGCGUGCGUGGUGGGCACCCCGGACCCCGUGCUGGGCGACCUGCCCACCGCCUUCGUGGUCACUGAGCCGGGUGCUGACGUCAGUGAGGAGGAACUAGUGAAAUUUGUUGAGGAUAAGGUGGCACAUUACAUGGAGUUGCGCGGCGGAGUGCGGUUCGUGGAUGAGCUGCCAAGGAACCGGCUCGGGAAAGUGUUGCGGCGGACUCUAACGGAAAUACUGGCGAAAGAACAAAAAUAAAUACAUAUUAACAGAUUUACUAUCCAUUACUUUAUCCUUAUUCACUUGAAAAGGUUCUCAAAAUUAGUUAUUAUGCCAAUGUAGUUAUUAUUGACGUUUUAU